GCUAGUGCUGAAGGGGCGAUUCCCCCCCCCAGCCCUGCGCGCGCGGGCAGAGCCGGGCACGGGACCGACAGCGGGCUGCAGAAUAACGUCCACGUUUUGCUCUGGAUCGUCCCACCCUUCCAGAGGAAAGGCAAUGGCUGCAGCAGAGUUACCUGAGGGGCCGGUGACCUUCGAGGAGGUGGCUGUGUAUUUCACUGAGUCAGAGUGGGCUCUGCUGGACCCUGCUCAGAGAGCCCUCUACAGGGAUGUCAUGCAGGAGAACUACGAGAAUGUGGCCUCGCUGGCGUUUCCAGUUUCCAAACCUGAUGUGAUCUCCUGGCUGGAACGAGGGGAGGAGCCGUGGGUCCCAGACCUCCAGGACUCUGAGGAAAAAGAGACCCCGAGACAUACCUGCACAGGAAGUUACCUGUGUCCGGUUUCUCUCUCUAUCCCAGCAGAUGGUGGGAUGGUGAAUGAGGUGGAGAAUCCUCAGCAAGACGACGCUGAGCAAGUAGAAGCACAUGGGACGUUAUCGGAAGGAUCCAAAGGGAAUGUUUCCUGGAGUUGUGCAGAGGCAAACGCCUGUGAGAGUCAGCACAGACCAGAGAAAAAGUUCAGUAGAGGCUCAGACCUUAUUAGAUAUGAGAGACUCAACGCAGGAGGAGCACCCUACAUCUGCCUGGAGUGUGGGAAAACCUUCAGACAUAACUCAGUCUUUAUCAUCCAUCAGAGAGUCCACACCGGAGAGAGACCGUACACAUGCCCCGAGUGUGGGAAAAGCUUCAGUCGCAGCUCAAACCUUAUCACACAUCACAGAAUCCACACUGGGGAGAAACCCUUCACUUGCCAUGAGUGUGGGAAAAGCUUCAGUCGGAGCUCAGAGCUUAUGAUACAUAGGAGGAUCCACACAGGAGAAAGACCCUACACUUGCUGUGAGUGUGAGAAAAGCUUCAUUCGGAGCUCAGAGCUUAAUAAGCACCAGAGAAUCCACACAGGGGAGAGACCCUACAGAUGUACUGAGUGUGGGAAAGACUUCAUUUAUAGCUCACAGCUUGUCACACAUCGGAGAAUCCACACUGGAGAGAGGCCCUACUCAUGCCGUGAGUGCGGGAAAGGCUUCACUUCUAGCUCACAGCUUGUCUCGCAUCAGAGAAUCCACACAGGAGAGAAACCUUAUUCAUGCCCUGAGUGCGGGAGAAGCUUCAGUUCCAAAUCACAGCUUGUCUCACAUCGGAGAAUCCACACAGGAGAGAGGUCGUAUUCAUGCCCUGAGUGCGGGAAAAGCUUCAGUCAUAGUUCACAGCUUAUCACGCAUCAGAGAACCCACACGGGAGAGAAACCGUACACAUGUCCUGAGUGUGGGAAAAGCUUCAGUCGGAGCUCAAACCUUAUCAUGCAUCAUAGAAGUCACACGGGAGAGAAACCCUACACGUGCCUUGAGUGUGGGAAAAGCUUCAGUCGGAGCUCAGAGCUGAUCAGACAUCAGAGAAUCCACACGGGAGAGAGACCUUACCCGUGCCCAGAGUGCGGGAAAAGUUUCACUCGGAGCUCAGAUCUUAGUAAGCACCAGAGAAUCCACACUGGAGAGAGACCCUACAGAUGCCCCGAGUGCGGGAAAGGCUUCCGGUACAGCUCACAUCUUGUCUCACAUCGGAGAGUCCACACAGGAGAGCGACCCUACUCAUGCCCAGAGUGUGGGAAAAGCUUCACUGAUAGUUCACAGAUGAUCACGCAUCAGAGAAGCCACACGGGGGAGACCCCCUACACAUGCUCCGAGUGCGGGAAAAGCUUCAGUUGGCACUCAAACCUGAUCACACAUCAGAGAAUCCAUACGGGAGAGAAACCGUACACAUGUCCUGAGUGUGGAAAAAGCUUCAAUCGGCGAUCGAACCUUGCCGCACAUCACAGAAUCCACACAGGGGAAACACCCUAUAGCUGCCCGGAGUGUGGGAAAAGCUUCAAUCGGAGCUCAGAGCUCAUCAUACAUCAGAGAAUCCACACCGGAGAGAGACCCUACACUUGCCAUGAGUGCGGGAAAAGCUUCAUUCGGAGCUCAGAGCUUAUCAUACAUCAGAGAAUCCACACCGGAGAGAGACCCUACAGGUGCCCUCAGUGCGGGAAAGGCUUCAGUUAUAGCUCACAGCUUGUCUCACACCAGAGAGUCCACACAGGAGAGAAGCCCUAGUCAUGCCCUGUGUGUGGGAAAGGCUUCAGUCAUAGUUCACAGAUUAUCACACAUCAGAGAGUCCACACAGCUGAGUAACACUAUACUUGUAUUCAGUCGGGCUGCCGCCUUCUACCUUUUGCAGUUCACCUUUCUUUGGGGUGAAUCCUGCAAUCCUUUGUAUCAACUCCUUUGGCUUAUGAGUUAUGGGAGUGUGUCCCCCUCCUGGCAGAAAUGUCCAUCAGUCCGAGUUGGGAGAGAGAGGGUUGACUCAUCUAGCUACAUCUGUCUCCACCAGAACUGUACUUUGAGUGGGCCAUGUCUAUGCUACCACUUAUGUCAGCAAAACUUGUGUUGCUCAGGGGUGUGAAAAAAAACCACUCCUGAGUAACUUAAGUUUUGCUGGCAUAUUUGGAAGUGUGCACAGCGCUAUGUCAGUGGGAGAGCUUCUCCUGCCCACAUAGCUACCACUGCUAGUUGCGGGUAGUUUAAUUAUGUCGACAGGGGAAGCUCUCUCCCGCCAGCAUAGAGCGACUACACAAGAGAUCUUACACCAGCGCGGCUGCAUCAGUACAGCUGUGCCGCUGUAAGGUCUCUAAUGUAGACACGGCCUAAGUUGCUCAAAUCAGCUAUCUGGGUGUAAAAACACAACUAUCUUUUCAGGGCGGACAUAACCCAGGUGCGGUGGUUGUGGUUAGCUUUCCCCUUGUGCUGACCUGAUCUCCAUCACUCUUCCUAGUCUGGAUAAACCCUGAGCAUCACAUUGCAAAGUGAAUGUUAGUCAUCGUAUUUCGUGGUUGGGAAGAGAUUCUUAUUCCCAGUUGUUCUGACAUUGUUUGUGGUUGUGCUGAAUAGCAGGCAGUUUUUCUACCAGUUUUCUUAUUUAGAAUAUAGUGAGAUGUAACAAAAAGAUAGGAGGAAAGGUAGAAAAAAAGGAUCAUUUCAGCAUCUGUGCUAUCCAGAGGAGAUGGUAUGAGUCAGAGGGAUUCCUUUCCAAUCACCAUCAUGAAUCUCCCGUUACUCCAACAGCAUUGGCUUCUAAGUGAGCCACAAUAGCUUCUCCUCCCAUGUUCUAUCCCUCCAGCUCCCAAAGUGUCACAUGAAGCAGUGUUCUCAGCUCUCUAUGCUUAGGUAUCAGGCUUUGAUCCUAAAUCAGUCUCGUUGGGGCUGGAAAUGAGUGUCAUAGACCUAGAGGGGGAAUUUGAAAGGAUCCCAAACAGAUGAACCUUUCUGUGCUUUAAUCCCUGUUUCUGUCUUUUAGCAAAGUUGGUUUUAGGAUUUUUCCAGCUGAGCUGGGAUUGUUUCCAGAUGGGAAGGUUGGCUGAUUUUCCCCAUUAUGAUGAUGGUAAAACCUUUGUAACUAGCAUGACUGAAUAGUAAUGAGGUGAUGCUGAGUGAAGAAGGUUUGAAUGGAUCAGAGGACAGUGCAGUAGGAAAACCUGUUCUAAUUUGGCAUCAUGAGCUGUAAGAUGCCCUGGAAUUUCAUUUUAUAUGAUACUUAUUUGCUUAUGUGUUGCGGGUUUUUCUCUCUUUCCUGAGGGGAUUUGAUAACAUAACUGUAUAUUAGUUUUUAUGAUAGGAUGAAGUUCAGUUUUUUGGUGGAGUUUUAGACAAAUUACCAUUUACUAAAACAAUAAUUUAUUUUUGUGUCUGUCUUUUUUCCACUCCUCCGUUAUGACAUGGAGGAAGUUCAAGAGCAAUUCAGUCGUCAGGAGCGAAUACUCAAAGCUAUUGGAUGUGCUAUCAGAGAAACAGUCGCAUUUUUAAAAUUCUACAUUUGACUAAGGAAUGGAAUUGAACAACACUGUGAUCAUAUAGUUUGGGUUAAUAUUGUCUCAGAUGAUUCGAGGACAAUAUUCCACAGUAAGUGACUCAGAACUAAGCAAAAUGCCCAUGUAUUUGGGUCGCAAGAGAGUUGUGGCCCAGGCCUACCAGGAGGUUACUUCUGAAGAUUUCUCUUUCCUAAUCAAGUGCACAUUGCGUAUUAUUUCAGAACACAGUUCCUAUCUAUGCAGAGAUGGAGAAAAUGGAAGUGGCAUUUUUGCUGAGUUUACACCUUGUAGAUGCUGCAAAUUUGUAUAAAAUAUCCGUUGUGAGUGUGAGUUAGCUGCAGCAGUAGAUCUAUUUUUAAUAGAUACCUCACCUUUGGUAACUUACACGGCUUGUGAACCAGGCCCAUAUCUGUGGCACCAGAUUAAAUAAAUAAACUGGGCAUGCUUCUUUGGGGAAGUGAUUCCUCACUCUAUGACUACUGAGAUUUUCUGUGAUGUAGUAAAGGAUUCUACGCCAGAGAAGUAAAGCUUACCCUGACCAUGGCCAAGAAUUAGACUAGAGCUCAAGUAGAAAUAAUAGGCACCCAGUGGUUGAUUUUUACCCCAGAGAUGGAAACUAGGGUAACCUUAGGCUCAGGUAAACUAUCUAUGUUUAGAACACUACCUCCUAGUCCAGUGGCAGUGAUUAUGGUUCAAACGAUGCUGUGGUAAGAUAUGGGGGAGUUGUCCUUUACCAUUUGGAUCCAAAGUUUUAUGAGCCAAAGAAAGAAACAGUUGAUGCCUUCAGAGGACAGUCCUUCCCUAUGGAUCCCAAUCUGGCUGCCUUGUUGGAGAAGAAGCACUUCCAUGCUGUGCAAGUGAUGAGAAAACAAUGAGGGAAUAAAUGUCAGACUCCCAAGCUCAGACUGCAGGAAUGACGAAUGUUGCGUCCUGAUUCUGUGGAUCUGUCUCUCAGUUUUGCUCAUGUGUCUCAUGAAUUUGCGUCGCUUCUCCACCUCCUGCUACUUUGAAAGAUUAAAAUUGUGAAAAUAGCAUACACGUGGUUUUUCCUCAUGGUGAGAACACAUUUGAGAUGACUUCCACCAACACUUAUGUCUGAAGCCCCUGAGAUAAAUGAGCUCCCAGAAAUAGAAGGCACCUAUGUUAGUACAAAACACAACUUGAUGGAAAAGGAGAUUAAGAGAAAACUAACCCCUAUGGUAAAAUUGUGUAGCCUUCAAAUAUGUUACCAGUGAAAAUGGAAUUAAACAUAAAGUUUAUUGCAGAAUAAGAGACUGAUUAUGUAAUAACCUGAACUACUUUGUAACACUGAAAGUUUUCUGGGUUCAGAACAGAAUUAGAUAAGUUUAUGUAGUAUUGGUCCAUCAAUGACUAUUAGCCAAGAUGGCUAAGCCUUUGACAGCCAGAUGCUAGGAAUGAAUGACACAGAAUGGAUCACUCGCUAUUUCAUGUGUUCAUUCCCCCGAAGCACCUGGCAUUGGCCACUGUCAGAAGACAGGAUACUGGGCUAGAUGAACCAUUGGUCUAACCCAGUAUGGCCGUUCUUAUGUUUCUUUCCCCGGCCUCCCCCAGGUGGUAUAUGAAAGGUGACUGCUCCUGUACAGUUUAUUUGAUGUAAUUUACUCUCUUUGGACUAAGGAGUUCUAAAUUAAACCCUCACUCAAAAGGGGCUGGUAUAUGGCAGUAUGUAGGAGAAAUAGUGUAUAUCAAAAUAAAGACCUAGUAUAGACUUUAAUUAUUUCUAUUUCAAAUGGAUUUUUGAUAAGCUUUUAAAAUAAUGUUUCUGUUGAGAAAAAUUUAUGUAACCGUUUACCCAGUUAUACUGUAACAGCCGCUGAGAUCUCCAGUUCUCUUGUUUGCAAACAGCAUCUUGUUUGAUGUCCCAUCUGUCAGGAGGUGUCUUAAUUUAAAUUGGUGAUGGGUCCGAGAUAGUAGCUUUUCUGAUUUUUUUAAGUUUUGGGGUUUUUGCAACCAGUUUUUUGAUGGGUGCUAUGGCCCUUUUCAGUUUGAGGAGGCCAGCUCUUAGAGCACGUCCAUUUAACCGUCAGACUAGGCUGUGGAAACCUUCAGAACUUUUGUUUCUGAUAACUUUGGGGUCCUCACAUCCAUGCUGCAUGUGGUUUGCUACAAUGAAUACUUUAAGGAAACUUCUAGGUGAAGUGAGACUUUACCAAAGUGACUUUGGUCCAAAGUGUUCCUCGUUUCAACUGGCUCAGGACACAUUGUGUGUAUCCAAGGAGUUUUCACACCUGAUUUGCCUGGAGACUUCAGGGAAUCACUGCGAAGUGAGGUAUGGUGGAAUCAUCAAUUUUAAAGAUCAAAAUAAAGGUAAAAGUCCUUUACCUUUGAUGUCAACAAGCUGUCUAACAGAGACUGAUAUUCCAUGACCCCAAGACUGAUCCCCUCUGGGGAAGGAAGUCACUUCAUCAAUAGGCUAUGACAGCCUGGACUAGUCUGCCUGUACUUAAAAUAGCACACUAGGCUGGCAUGCUGGUCCAGCUAUGCCAUUGCCUGGUUCCUUCACUGCAGCUACACCUCUACUCCACUCCCUUGGCAUUCUAGUAACCAUGGGUGGCAGGUUAUAUCUGUGUACGGUG